CGGCGGCGGCGGUGUGCCCCCGACCCCCUCCGUACAGCGUGAUGUCGUACAUGGAGUGCUGUCCAGCCCAAGUCACUUCGCCGCGGGCUUCCCUCAGGUGAACUCUAUCGGCUACUCCCACUAUAACCUUUACGACAAGGUCAGCCUGAUGCAGUCCAUGGGCAAGGAGUCCGUGUCUGGUGGCAGCAUGUUCGAGCCCCACAGUGGUCUCUACAGCAGCCAUCACACAUCCAACCUGCUGUCUGCUGAGACAAGGAUGUCCCCUCCUCUCCCACCGCGCGUAUACAAGCCGUGUGUGGUGUGCAAUGACAAGAGCUCGGGCUAUCACUAUGGCGUCAGCUCCUGUGAAGGAUGUAAAGGCUUCUUUCGACGGAGUGUUCAGAAAAACAUGCAGUAUACCUGUCACAAGGACAAGAACUGCGUGAUCAACAAAGUAACCAGAAACCGGUGCCAGUAUUGUCGGCUGCAGAAAUGCAUCAUCAUGGGCAUGUCCAAGGAAGCUGUGCGCAAUGACAGGCACAAAAAGCGCAAACAAAAACCAGAGAGCACAUCAGGCUUGUCGGAAGAGCUGACUGAAGAUGAUCAAAUGCUCAUUCAGGAGGUCCUGGAUGCUCAUAGGGACACGACUCCCAACAGUCAAAAUGGUGCUACAUUGCCAUUCAGCAGCGCGACGGCAGACUUGGUUGGGACGACGACAACAGCAGCUACAACUACACCUUCUAAAGCUACCUCAACCUCUGAAUCCAGAUCUGAUGAUGAAAGUUCUGGUUCUUCCGGUGUCUUUUUAUGGGAAAAAAUCACAGAGCUUUCAUCUGCCGGCAUUGUGUUGAUUGUGGACUUUGCUAAGAAAAUUCCCGGUUUCUUGUCAUUAUCUACAUCUGAUCAGAUUACUCUUCUUAAGGCAGCUUGCUUAGAAAUUAUGAUUUUACGGAUUAGCAUCAGGUAUGAGAUGGAUACGGACACUAUGCAGUUUCCCAGUGGUUUAGCCUUGACUCGAGAGCAGCUGCAGAAAGGUGGCUUUGGGCCGCUGACCUCCACUAUCUUCUCCUUCGCAGCGUCCCUCAAGCGCAUGGAUUGUGAUGAGACUGAAUAUGCCAUGCUUUCUUCUAUAUGCUUAAUUAGUGGUGACCGCUCAGGCCUCCAGGACACGGAAAAAAUCGAGCAGAUGCAGGAGCCACUUUUAGAAGCUCUGAAACACUAUAUCCGCUCUCGGCGACCAGACCAACGGCACAUCUUUGCCAAGAUGCUCAUGACACUCACCGACCUGCGCAGCAUUAGUGUCAAAGGUGCGGAGAAAGUUUUACAUCUACGUGUGGAAAAGUAUGCCCCAAUACCUCCUCUUAUGGUCGAGAUGCUAGAAAGAGUGGAAAAUGUCUGCUUCCCUUGAGGAAUGGUCAUCUCUAGAGAUUUUCAUCAGCUAUAACUAUAGCCGAAUGUUGCCCGGUCAAUGUGAAUUUUGCCCAAAGUGGCUAUCAAGCUCAAGAAUUUGUGGGUAUAUACUGUGACGGAUGUGGGAAAGUUCAGCUCAUCUGUGAAUGAAAGCAGUAUGUGCUCAGCAAUCUGCCACACUGUAUGUCCAUUGGGGGGCUGAAAUGUGAAGAGUGAAUAGGUUGGCCAAGGGAGUUACUUCGAAUGUCAAGGGAAACUGACAGGGGAUUCCUGCCGAUAAAUAUAUGCUCUAAGUCUUACUUUUCUUGACUUUGCUGUUGAAAUAUAUCAGCUGUUGCUUUGUGGAUUCUCAUCAGAAAAAUUGACCUGCCCUUACAUUGCUCAUGGCUGGUACCUAAAAGCCUCCAAUGUCCUUCUUGUUAUUCUUGAUUUAGCUAUAAUAAGAAAUUCUGAAACCGAGGGAGAAGCCUGCAAGCUGUUCACCUCCACAAGUGGAAGUGGAGUCUUUAAAUGUUAAAAAUUAUGUAUCCAACUUUUCUCUGCCAGAACUGGUCUCAUCGGUCGACAUACCUUCAUAGAAAUACAAAUGCUCAAACAUUUUUAAUUCCUCUGUCUUACGUAUUAUUUUUGUCUCUUGUGGGGGCUCGGGGAUCAGUUUCAAGGUUCACAGAGCUGACAUCUUUCUCUUGGACUCAAAAGCACUAUUUAUAGUCUUGGGCUUAAUUAAUGCUUUUAAUGUUCUGAAAUUUGGCACAAAUGAACUACUUAAUCUUGUUAUAAACUAAAACAGAAGGCUUGUUAAAAAAUUUGCAACAACAUUUGUUUGAGAAUUAAGAUAUACAAAAAAAAUAUUCAUCCUGGAAAAUUGAUUCUUUUGCCAGUGUCUCAUUCUUCAUAUUUAAAAUCAUCACAUUUUUUUUUAUUCAUGAGUUUUAUAGAACCAAAGAUUCUCUAUAACUUUACUAAAACUGUGACAUUUGGCCUUGGUAAUUUUUUGAUGUUGCUACAGUUAUCUGGCUAGUUAGUCUGACGGUAUUUUCAAAAAUGCUUUUUUUUUAAAGUUACUUUUUCUGAAAUAGUUUGAAUGAUAAUUAGAAUUUUUAUAAAAGUUUUAUUUACCAAUGUUGAAGUGCCCAUGGAAGAAAACAAAAUAAUUGAACGGUUUAAAUUGGUUAGCUAUUUACUUAUUGGUGAACAUGAAACAUUACAAGAUGAAAAAUUAAGCUAAUGAACAAUGAACAGUGGUUUAGAAAGUAAAAUUCCCAUUAUUUUUGUUAAUAUUUUUAAGGUGUUUGUUGUUCCCGUGGCAACCAGUGGGUGCACCUGCCCUUAAUAUAAAGCAAUGUUUUGUUUCUCGUAACUAUGCCAACGUGUAUGACUCUUUCACUAGAGUAGAAAAAGUUAUUUUACUUCAGAGACCCCUUCUUUUUGUGAAUAAUAAACCUGGACUAGGCCUCACUCUGAAAAGAAGUAUGUUUGCAGAUGCAUUUUACGCAAAUGUUACCAGAAUUUUUAAUCUCCCUUGGCCAUGCAAAUAAAUGGGUUAGUUUGUACUGAAAUGACUUCUGCAGACAUAGAAGUCUUGCUCAGCAAGAAAAAAAAGAGGCUGGCAAUUGAGGUUUGAAGGUAUUGCUCUGAUUUGCGGGUAAUUUUUGUACAACAUGAAGUAAGGCUGAAAAGACUGUCUGUAAAUUUAGUGCAGCUCAAAGCUACAAUUGGUCACUUACUCUGUAUUCUUGUGAUGUGACCCAAGAAGUAGUUGUGUCUAGCAAAACCAAAUGAUUGUUGGUAUAGAAAUGAAUGGGAGAAAGAGUCCUAGCCGAUGGGGCAAGCAAGUCUGCUGCUGGAAGCAGUCAGCUGAUCUUUUGUGACAAUAAGGAUGUGCAAACUUUCUCCUCUCUGCCAUCUUCACCGAUAAAGACACCAAAGCUUGUGAUAUGAACAUACUGGUGGCAUGCAGACCCCGUGAUGUGAUGAAGACGUACAAUCAUUGUGAAUAUGUUCUUGUCGUGGGUGACGAUCAUUUCAAAUGCUUCAUGGUUUUUUUCUGGUUUUCAGCCUCUUCAUUGCAAGCCUACAUUUACUGUGACAUGUUUCUUAUGCUCAGAACAUGUUUACCAAACACUUAUGUGUCUAUGGUACCUCAGAGUAAGAACUUAUGAAUAUAUAAUUAUAUAUAUACAUGUAUCUGCCAUAGUUUUGUACAGUUGCACAAUUUAUCAUGAAAGUCUUUUGCUGGUACCUUGUGUGUUUUAUGUUUUUCUGAUUACCGGUAAAUAAUUUGAAAAAAGUGUAUGUAAGAAUUUAAAUUCUGUUUUAACUGCAUACUUUGAAGAAGGUCUUUGUUAGGUUAUCGUUGAAUGGAAUUGUGACUAAACAAUUUCUUUUUAUUGAUCCUGCAAGAAUGAUUUUCUUCUCAUGCAGUAGGCUUCCUGUGCAGUGUGAUGAUAUGUUUGAAGGCAGUGUCUUUGCCUUAUGAUAAUAUGAUAAUGAAAGCAUUUUAACUUGUGUGCAAGAAUGUUGGCGGGUGCAGCAAUAUCCCUUUUUUAUUUGUUUAUGAGUAAGUGAGUGAUGUGGUGCGCUUCUGUUAUUCCUUUGGGGAAAAAUGUGAAUGAAAUAUUUGUGUGCAUAUCAUGACCACAGAAUAACCUUGUUCUUUCUCUGUCACAAGUACUUUUGAGACAUUGUGAGUUCACAGUAUUCAGACAUAAUAUCUCCCUCAACUGAAUAACAAAAUGAACUUGAAUUUUAUCUAAACAAUUAAAAGAACUGUGCUGUAGUUCUAACUUUUACGUAUCAUGUGGAGGGAGUACAGGAUGAGGCCUUAGACAUUCUAAACAUCAAACACACACAAAUUCUGAGUUAAGACCUUGUCAUUUUGGUAUUGUAAUAUUCAUUCUGGCAGGCUUGCAAGAUGAGGCUUCCUUCUCCCUCAAGUUCUGUACAAAUCCUUUAGCUAACUUCUAUUUGUUGAUCAUGUUGAACUUCUGGAGAUUAUCUCUGCCAUGAAGGAUUUUUAAAAAUCUGUUGUCAUGAGAAACCUCACACCUGCACAGUUUCUCUACUCUCUCAGGGACUCAUCUGAUUGUGGUCAAGUUUGAUUCUAGGUUGUUGUUUUUUUCUUUUUUGUUUUUGGUAAGAGUUUUAUGGCGCUCACAACUGAAUAAGGUCAUGCACAAUUCAAUUCUUGUGUAGUAGAUCUAUAUUGAUUUAAUUUUUAUAUUUAGUUUUACUCAUACAGUUUAAGUUUUUGUAAGUUGAAUAUGUUUUCUUUCUUUCUGUUAUUGGUAGUGUUGUAUUUGAUUCUACCUUUAGGAUGGUAUCUAAGUCACUCAAGGAAGGAAUAAGAACAGUGUGUAAUUCUGGAAAUUUGUGUGAAUGUUUGACUUUGUUGUGAGGAAUUUAAUGCAGCCCCUCACUAAGAUGAAAGUGUUCUGAUCUUGUGUAAUAUCAAAGAACAGAAAUUAUGUUACUCGUAAAGCUAUAGACCUGUGGCUGGUUAAUUUCUUUAUUUGCAAAACCGAUUUGUAUAUUAGUUAGGGUUAUUUCCAAGAACAAGUUAUAAAGAUAAGACUAUGAUAUGUAAAAACUGAGUCUUUUGUGUUUUUGAGCCUUUACAACAUUUGAAAGGGGAGCUCUGUUUGUAGUGGUAUUUUUUACCACUUUUUUCAUGUUGGGAGUGAAAAUUUACCUUUUAUUCAUUCAGAAAAUACAUUGUUGUUAUGUAUGACAGUUGACAACCUGACUUAUGUAAGAAUUCAUAGAACUCGGAUAAAUUCUCUUGUUGCAUUCUUGAGACUGCCCUUCAUGUAUUUUCUGAUGAAAUGAGCACACCAUUUGCAGGUUGCGUUAGAAUAUUUUUCAUUUUGAGAUCACUUUUUCAUGACUAAAGUUACUGGUUUGUUUAUUUGGUUUCUAAUAAAUGUCCACCAGCACAGGAAACAUUUGCAAAAGUAUGGACUACAAUUUAAGCUCCUUUCUGAUUAGAAUAAGCUUACUGAAUAUCUGCUUGUUUAAUGACUGUGGGAACUUUAUUCAGUUUGAUUUAUGAUUUUUGCUACCUGUCAUAUUUUAGUGAUGGUAUAGACACAACUGAGUUCCAUCUGUCAUUUGUAAAAGAUGAUUUGCAAUUAUAUUAUAAAAGAGAUAAGAGCAGUAUGAAGGAUUUUGCAUGGCCUCCUGGAGGUAAUAAUGAUUAAUUAGGGUACAAAAAAAGAGAUGGUCACAAAUUUGGUAAACGUAGUUCCCUUCCACCUGACUGUGUUCUGGAAUGUUUGCUGCUGUUGCUGUGUGUCUUGUGUUUUUGUUCUCAAUACCGGUAACAAAAAA